UGUAGCUAGGGGGUGUCCCAGGCGGCUUCUGGGUGACGCCUCCUGGUCCGGGGGGCGGGCGGUGGGAGCCCCGCUCGGCUGAAAGGAAGGGCUGGGGGCCGCGCGAGGGAGGGGCGCCCGGGAGCCGCCGGGGUGGUGACCGCCGGGGGACCGGGUGGGACCCCGCCUGGAGGCCCUGCCCUCGCGGCGCCUGUUUCCCCGCGGGCCUGCAGGCCUCCCCGGCUUCCUGCUCGGCCGCGCAGCCCCGGACGUGGCCUCCCCGAGCCCCGCGCUGGAGCCCAAGGAGUGGGAUUACCUGGACCCCACUCAGAGAAGCCUGUACCAAGACGUGGUGAUGGACAACUAUGGGAAUCUGCUCUCCCUGGGAUUUGAUAGAGAUGGAGAUAGGCAUGAGAGCAGAUGUUAACCAUGAACCCUUUUUGAGACAUCUCAGUGCCCAGAGUAUGUAUAGAAAAUGUAAACGUGAGUGACAGUAAUAGUCAACAGUUGACAAAGGAAUAGAAAUAAGUGAGGGAAAACAUAUUAGAAAAGAGCAAACGGAGUGAAAUAGAAGUAGGUAAUGGCAUAGGAAGCAUAAGUAAAAUAGUGCCAUGAAAUGUGUUAAGAUGCAGCUUAGUAAAAUAAAGACUGAAACACAGCCAGUGUAUUUGCUAUUCAAAAGUGAUUGGUGGUUUCAUGUUUUUCUAUAGAUGCUGGCACUGGAAGCAAUAUUUCAUGCUAGGUGGUUAAAUAGAAAGGGGUUUCUACAGUGGAAGACAUGGUCACAAAAUAGAGAGCAUAGUAUUGUUGUUUUUUCUAAAGCUUCACUUUGAUCAAGAGAAAACAUUUCAGUUCCAAGAUAGAUUUUGUUACAUUUGUAUAUUGGUGGAAGUUUUUAUACAGACUGAAGAGUUUUUAAAAAUCACAGUAAUUGAAUAAGUGCUGGAAACAGGUGAGAUCAAGAGGUUCUAGAUGAUUAGCCCUGUGUGAAAUGUGCCUUUAUGUAUGUCUUUACAGAUGUUAUUGGUAGCAGACAAAAAGUUGGGGAAAUUUUUCACCCAUUUGCAUUGUGUGAAAGAAAACAAAAGCUACUAAAAGUGAAUUUUAUAGUGAAUAUUAUGUUUUGAACAGUGAUAAGGAUGAGGAACCAAUCAUAAAACAAGAAAUUGAAGAAAUUGAGGAGGAAGUGGAACCACAGAAUGUAAUACUUACAAAAAUUAAAAGUGAGAUUGACCAGGACCCCAUGGAUAGUGGAACCUUUGAACUUGUUGGUAGGUUAGAUAAACAAAGAGGAAUCUUCUUAUGGGAAAUACCAAGGGAGUCAUUAUCUCAGGAACAGAGAAUGUUCAGAGGAAAUAAUAAUAUUAACCAAAAGAGAACAAACUCAGAAGAGAAGUGUCACAAAUGUGAAGAAUGUGGAAAGGGUUUUGUCCGCAAAGCCCAUUUCAUUCAACACCAAAGGGUUCAUACUGGUGAGAAGCCUUUUCAGUGCAAUGAAUGUGGGAAAACUUUUAGCCGAAGUUCAUUUGUUAUCGAACAUCAAAGAAUUCACACUGGGGAAAGACCCUAUGAGUGUAAUUACUGUGGAAAAACCUUUAGUGUGAGCUCAACCCUUAUUAGACAUCAGAGAAUCCACACUGGAGAGAGGCCCUAUCAGUGUAAUCAGUGCAAACAAAGCUUUAGCCAGAGAAGGAGCCUUGUUAAACAUCAAAGGAUUCACACAGGUGAGAAACCCCAUAAAUGUAGUGACUGUGGAAAAGCUUUUAGUUGGAAGUCACACCUUAUUGAACAUCAGAGAACUCACACGGGUGAGAAACCUUACCACUGUACCAAGUGUAAGAAAAGUUUUAGUCGAAAUUCAUUACUUGUUGAACAUCAAAGAAUUCACACUGGGGAAAGACCUCAUAAAUGUGGUGAAUGUGGGAAAGCCUUUAGAUUAAGUACAUACCUUAUACAACACCAAAAAAUUCACACUGGUGAGAAACCUUUUCUUUGUAUUGAAUGUGGUAAAAGCUUCAGCCGGAGUUCAUUCCUUAUUGAACACCAAAGGAUUCACACAGGUGAAAGACCAUAUCAGUGUAAAGAGUGUGGAAAAAGUUUCAGUCAACUUUGCAAUCUUACUCGUCAUCAGAGAAUUCACACAGGAGACAAACCCCAUAAAUGUGGGGAAUGUGGAAAAGCCUUUAGUAGAAGCUCAGGUCUUAUUCAGCAUCAGAGAAUUCACACCAGAGAGAAAGCAUAUUCAUACAAUGAAACUAAGGAAAGUUUUGAUCCAAAUUCCAGUCUUGUUAUACAACAGGAAGUCUACCCUAGGGAAAAAUCUUAUAAAUGUGAUGAUUGUGGGAAAACUUUUAGUGUCAGUGCUCAUCUUGUACAGCAUCAAAGAAUUCACACUGGUGAAAAGCCCUACCUAUGUACUGUAUGUGGGAAAAGCUUCAGUAGAAGCUCAUUUCUUAUUGAACAUCAGAGAAUCCACACUGGUGAGAGGCCCUAUCUUUGUAGACAAUGUGGCAAAAGUUUUAGUCAACUUUGCAAUCUUAUUCGACAUCAGGGUGUUCACACAGGUAAUAAACCACAUAAAUGUGAUGAAUGUGGGAAGGCCUUUAGCCGGAACUCAGGCCUGAUUCAGCAUCAAAGAAUACACACAGGAGAGAAACCUUACAAGUGUGAGAAAUGUGACAAAAGUUUUAGUCAACAACGCAGCCUUGUUAACCAUCAGAAGAUUCAUGCAGAGGUAAAAAUCCAGGAAACCCAUGAAUGUGAUGCGUGUGGUGAGGCGUUCAAUUGCCGUACCUCUCUUAUUCAACAUCAGAAAUUACAUACUGCAUGGUUGCAAUAAAAGUAGAGAAAUAUUUAAAUUAUUUGACUUGAGAUUACCUACCCAAGUGCUGUUUCAGUAUGGCUCAACAUGAGUCAAGUUUAAAUAAAUUCUCCUUAACCUCAGGCAAGUGGCAUCUAUAAGGAUUCCACUGUAAAUAGUGGAUAAUUGAAGUUGAAGAUUUACAUUACCCUUUGUGUUGAUGAUCAUAAAGACAAUUAAUUUCUUUAAGCAUCUUUAACAAAUCAACAGAGGUUAAACCCAGGAUCUGAGCACUUUGUUACAAUUAAAGGGAGUACAAAAUUACAGUGGUGCAAGGAAGGUUGAAACAGUUAAUAGAAAACUGGAACUAGUGCAAAGCCCAAGGACUGGCAUAAGGAUCCCGGUUCAAGCCCCCGGUUCCCUACCUGCAGGGGAGUUGCUUCACAGGCGGUGAAGCAGGUCUGCAGGUGUCUUUCCCUCUGUCUGUCUUCCCUUCCUCUCUCCAUUUCUCUCUGUCCUAUCCAACAAUGACGACAACAAUAACUACAACAAUAAAAACAAGGGCAACAAAAGGAAAUAAAUAAAUAAAUAAAUAAAAUAUUUAAAAAAAAAAGAAAACUGGAACUAAUGAGCACUCUACCACCAUCUUAUCUGGUGGCUCUUUCAGUCCCAUGGUUAUUGGCUAUUCAUGCCAAAGUCCAGUAGUUUAAGUAUAUGAUUAAGUUUUCAAGGAAACAAAGCCCAGCUUUUGUCUUUCAAAAAAAUCCAAAGUUGGUUUCAUUCUCUCUCCCUCUCUCUUUCUCUCUCUACUAAAGAAAGACAGCUUUUUGUUAGAUGAUUUGUGAGAGGCAAUUCCAAUGCCUUGUAGUUCCCAAGUCUGUUAACUUAGUACACUACUAAUUUUACAUAUAAAAAUUGUGUGAUUAAAACUGGCAAAGGUGUUACCAAGGAACCUUUGGGGAGUGCCUUUUUCUCAAGAUGGACCCAAAAAAAAGGUGGAGGAAGACAGCUCUUCUUUUUGUGCCCUCUUAUCAGUGAAAUAUAGUCCUAAAAACUAACCUUAUUCUUCCUCUACCAAUAGCAUGUGAAAAUGUACAUGUUUUGAUUAUGAAGAAUUGGAAACUUAAUCUCAGGAACCUGAGAUAUUUUGGUAUUGCUUUGGUUUAUUUGGUAACUAGAUUUUGCAUGCAAUUUUGAAGUCCUCAUUUCUGGUUCUAGGACUUCCCUUAGUUAAUGUCUGUUAUCACAACCUAUUCAUCUUUUAAUCAUUAAACAUGUUUGUUUUGUGUAAGGCUUCUUUAUUAUUUUAAUGUGAAAUUUAUCAUAACCAAAUAUAUUACUGCAUUUUGAAAUUA